AGUGUUUCGUGUUUUCUUGGCUUUGUAUCAAAGCUCUGUCCAGAUCAGCAGCCAAAUUUGUUCUCAUGCAAAGACAGGCUGGUUCAGGAACCACUUCAAUGUGUGGUCUUAAGCAAGCACUCACUUUGACUGCCUACCCGUUCUAUCUUCAAACACAUUUUCUCUCGUUCGACUGUUUGGUAAAUUAAAGAGAACCGAAAACCCAGUUUCCAAUCCAUAAAAGAAGCAAGGUUCAAUCAGAGCAGGGACCUGAAAAAUAAAUUUAAAGCAUGGAGGAUGGGGCAGUGAAUGGUUAUGAAAUGGAUACACCUAAAAACAUUACCAUCAAAGGAAUUCUAAGUCUGCUAAUGGAAAGCAUUGAUAAUAAUAAUCAUAGUAGGAGUGUGAUUUCACUGGGCAUGGGCGACCCUACUGCUCAUUCUUGCUUUCACACCACACAUGUUGCUCAAGAAGCUGUUGUUGAUGCUCUUCAAUCUGACAAGUUCAAUGGUUAUGCACCUACUGUAGGCCUUCCUCAAACAAGAAGGGCGAUUGCUGAAUACCUAUCUCGUGAUCUUCCUUACAAGUUAUCAUCUGAUGAUGUUUUUAUAACAUCCGGUUGCACUCAAGCUAUUGAUGUUGCUUUGGCGAUGCUUGCUCGCCCUGGUGCAAAUAUCUUGCUUCCAAGGCCAGGCUUCCCAAUUUAUGAACUUUGUGCAGCUUUCAGGCAUCUUGAAGUUCGGCAUUUUGAUCUUCUCCCAGAGAAAGGCUGGGAGGUUGAUCUUGAUGCUGUCGAAGCCCUUGCAGAUCAGAACACUGUUGCAUUGGUUAUUAUAAAUCCUGGGAAUCCUUGCGGCAAUGUAUACUCUUACCAACAUUUGAAAAAGAUUGCAGAAACUGCUGAAAAGCUCAAAACUCUUGUUAUUGCUGAUGAAGUGUAUGGACACCUUGCCUUUGGUCGUAAUCCAUUUGUGCCAAUGGGAGUUUUUGGAUCCAUUGUUCCUGUUCUUACCCUUGGUUCUCUUUCAAAGAGGUGGAUUGUACCUGGAUGGCGACUUGGUUGGUUUGUGACAAGUGAUCCAUCUGGCAUGUUUAGAAAUCCCAAGGUUGUUGAACGUAUUAAGAAGUACUUCGACAUUUUGGGAGGACCUGCAACCUUCAUCCAGGCAGCAGUUCCUGGCAUUCUUGAGCUAACUGAUGAGGUUUUCUUCAAGAGAACUAUCAACAUACUGAAGCAGUCCUCAGAUAUAUGUUGUGAUAGGAUAAAGGAGAUCCCUUGCAUUUCUUGCCCAUACAAGCCAGAGGGAUCGAUGGCUUUGAUGAUGAAAUUAAAUCUUUCACUACUAGAAGAUAUCAGUGACGAUAUUGACUUCUGCUUCAAACUGGCCAGAGAGGAAUUUGUCAUCAUUCUUCCAGGAACUGCUGUGGGGCUAAAGAAUUGGCUCCGUAUCACUUUUGCCGUUGAUCCAGUAUCCCUAGAAGAAGCUUUAGGGAGAGUGAAAUCGUUCUGUCUAAGGCAUAGCAAACAGUUUGAAAGAUACUAGCGUUCAGAGUCAACCAAAUUAUAGGACAUUUGCCUGCAAUUUAUAGGUUUCUUUUCAUGGUGAAGCUGUUGUAAAUUUAGAUGACCAUAUUUUUACAGAUCCCCAGCAAAGCUUGUAGUCAUCAAGACUACGUUGUUAAUAAACAUACAACAUACUAUUCUGAUCCAUAUAUGUACAGACAUGUUGGCAACUUA